ACUGUGGUGCCAUUUACUGGAGAUGAAAAAAUCAAUAAUAAAGACUCUAUCGCAAUUGAAUUGCAGAAAAAUUAACAAAUUUUGAAUUUUCACCUUAAAUAGGGCAUACAAAGUUGUGAAAAAUGUGACCAGAUCGAUCACCAGUGUUGAACUGUUCCGUCAAGAUUGCAGAUAAUACUGAAAAUUUGGCAGAAUGAGUAUUAGGAAAAUUGAUCCAGCGUCCUCCUCUGGCGGCAACGCUGGCGAGGACGAAAAGAAUGCCAGACAGCUAGGAAUCAUGCACUUGAGGAAACUGUUCGGAGAAUUUGCGCAUUGCAAGGAUACCCUUGCGGAAAAGGAGAAGGAAUUUCGCAUAUACAAUAUGUUGCCUCUGUUCAUUAAAAUGUUCGAUACCUGCCACCCGAGAGAGAUGAUGGAGAAAUUUCCGGAUGUGCAACAAUUCUGUUUACAUGUAUCGAAAUUGAUGGUUACCGAGAUAAAAAGACGUGGAUCCAAUCAAAGCACAGAGGCAGCGUCUAAGAAAAUUGUGGAUUUUUUGGAGAUUGACGAAAACGAAGAAACCAGCAAUGGUUGGAUGCUAUUGACAACAAUAAACAUCAUGGCAGCUGGUGACAAAUCUUUAAUACAGAUCAUGACAAAUGCUUCUAUACCUUCAACGCUAGUUAAGUGCUUGUAUUUGUUCUUCGAUUUGCCGGAGCUUAGCGAAGAGGACGAAAUCAGCAAAAAUAGCAAAUUUACUAAUAAGGAGAGACGUAUUCUACUACAAAAACUAUUUGUACAAGUGUUGGUACGUCUGUGCUCACAUCCAUACCCGGCAGAUGAACUAGCACGAAUGGACGAUUUAUCAUUACUGUUCUCUGCCAUUACGUCUCAAUGCCCAUCGUAUAACGUGAUCUGGAGAAAAUCGGCAUCCGAAGUUCUGACAACUUUAUCCCGUCAUGGAUUGACCAAUCAAGUAGUUGAUUACCUACACACUAAAGGUUGCAUGUCACUUUGUGUAGACAAUAUGCAAAGAUCAUCACAGUUACAACCUUUGGAAGUGGUCGAGAUGGUAGUUUCAGUGUUCUGCUUUCUCAAAGAUUCUAGUGAAGUGUCGCAAAUACUGCUGGAUGAUUUCAAAUCAUGCCAAGGUUACUUGUUCCUGGUUGACUUUCUUAUCAAGUUGGACCAAGAGGAUCGCAAAUCUCAGGACACGGAGGCUGCUAUUCGGAAUCUUGUUCUCAUGACCGCUUCUCUAUGCAUUUGUGGAUACAACGAACUGAAAGUCACGUUCAACAACAACUCGCUGUUUCAAAUGCAGGGUUUCAAAAUGCCACAAGUAUCAUCACGUGGAACGUGUGUUCGGAACCUGCACGCUUUUCAGGUGUUGCAAACGGUGUUUCUCAAGUCGGACAAUACCACCCUUUGCUGUAUAAUCCUGGACGCUAUAUCCAGCGUGUACCACUCUGACAAUGCAAACUACUUUAUAUUGGAAUCACAAAACACGUUAUGUCAAUUCUCGGAAAUUAUCCAUUUGAAGUCCAUUCCUGUUAAAGAGCGUUUCUUCGGUCUACUGGAAUUUAUCGUGUUCCAGUUGAACUUCGUACCAUGCAAGGAGCUGAUCUCACUAUCCCUAUUGUUGAAAUCGAACCAUUCGAUUGAGUGUAGUAUACUGUGUAUGAAGACGCUUCUGAAUCUACUGCGACAUAGUAAUCUCUUCUGCGAUGUUUACCGCGAAGUUGGCAUAUUGGAGGUUUUCGUCAAUUGCUUGAAAAAAUACAAAUCUUUAUUGGAGGAGACACAAUUCGAUAGUAAUUCAAAUUCUACAAAAGACAACAAUUUAGUACUAGGGGAAAUGAUACUAGAAGCGCUGAUUAUUUUGUUAAGCAGCAAUAAUAGCAAUGCUACAGUGUUCAGAGAUAGCGGUGGCUCUAAAUGCAUACACGAUAUGAUACGGUUUGAUUGCUGUAGUAAUACUGUUCUGAAAAUCAUAAAGGAAAUGAUUGUGAAUUCAGGGGGCGAUGACGACAUGCUUCGAUUAUUGGAAGCAAUGCAAGCGGCACCAAUGAGUCAGAUUGAGCUGAAGAUAACAAUUCUACGAUCGCUUGUAACUUGCCUUCGGGACAGUCACCGAACACGGACAAUUUUUCGAAAGGUCAACGGAUUUAGUCACCUAAUCAAGACUAUUGAUUCACUGAAGGAUGUCUUCACUGACAAGGCGAACAAAAAUGAGUACCAUGCCUACCUACAAUUGUUAAAUGUGGUUUGCCAGGCACUAACGACGGCCAUGCGCUUCGAACCAGCCAAUGCAAAGUUCUUUCAACAAGAGUUGUGUACCACGACCUUCUGCAAUGCACUUCGAGCCUUGGGAUGCUUCAGCCCGGCAACGAUACUGAGAAAAGAAAUCGGAGCUCCCUCCAAACCAUCACAGGAGACGAAUGUGAUUUUCAGUCAGAUAUUUGCACGUGAUCCCGGAGAUUCAAGUGCUGAACUUCCUGAACCAUUGUCGUUAUCUUUUGCAUGCAUCGUUUAUCGUAUCUUGUACAACAUUGCAUUGGAUAACUUCGAUGGCUCUAACUCGAUUAAUGUUUCAACUAUUGCAAGCCUCUCUAAAUUGUCACCUCGAAUUGAAACUAACGAUAGAGCAGCAAGUAUGACUAAAGGAGGAAUCUCUGUGCUUAAUUUGGCAAUGCCGACAUUAGAACCAACAAUUGUUCAUCCUGGGACAGUACUGUGCAUGCUGCUACUUCUUCCUUCUGUGUCUAAUACCAGACAUGACGAGCUCAGUGUAGCAUUGGAAUUCUUCUUGGCCGAAGUAUUGAAAAGUCUUGUUCGAAGUGAACGUAAUCAGCAGAUACUGUGUGAAAUCGGUAUGGCCGGCGCAUUGUUGAAAGUAUGCAGAAUAGCUCUGCUGGAAGAGCAACAUAUACUUCAUUUGCCUUUGCAAUAUAUUUUCGAACGGCUGGCUGUACAAGCAUUGCUACCCAAAGAAUUUCGGGAAUUUCUACGCCUGGGAUUCCCUAUGGAGUGCAACAGUGAUAAGAAUGCAUCCAGUACAGCUUCGAUACCAUUGACUCGCAUUAAGACCCUGGUAUCGAUGACUACGCCUCGAGAUUUCAGAGCUCAUGGGUCUUAUACUCUACCGCCCUUUGUCGAGAUGGACAUGAGCUCAGAAGGAUUUGGAUGCAUAUUUUUGCCAAGCCUUUCACCACAGGCAACGACAGCUAGUGGUAAUCUAGAUGUUGAUGGGCAGGCUAUUGGAGGCAUCGGAACCGGUGACAGAAAUUUCCCACCUUCGAGUGGGCUGAGCUUUUCGACUUGGUUUUGCGUGGAAAAGUUCAGCGACUCCCGAAUUGAUCCACAUGGAAUUCGACUACUAACAAUUGUACGCACCGUUAAUAAACCUAGAGAGGAAAACUACAUCUGCCUAAGCGUUUUACUGUCGGCCAAAGACAAGGCCAUAAUUACAUCGACCCAAGAAAUACUCAUGGAGCAAAAUGUCGCAGAAUGGGAACCAGAUUGCUUGGAAGAUUACAGCGCCAGAGUAUGGUGUCCAGACUUGCUUGUUGAAGGACAGUGGCAUCAUUUGGUUCUGGUGCUGAACAAAACUGUAGGGAAAAGCACAAGCUUUUCGCUCUACAUAGACGGACACCACAUGCAUACGCAAAAGAUUCAAUAUAUAUCGCCCUAUCCCGGAAGCCAUUAUUCCAGCAGCUCGAAUCCUGCAUCAUCGGUAUUCGCCUACAUUGGAACCCCGCCGAUCUGGAGACGAUACUCGAGACUAUGUUGGAAGCAAGGAGUGUGCCAUCUUAUAGAAGACGUUUUCAACAACACAACAGUGAACAAAAUUUAUGCCCUGGGUCCUCAUUACCUAGGGUCGCUACAAGCGCCACACGCUGAGAAAAUUUCCGAGGACACAAUCAGCCCAAUAGUGCCCGAAGAACGUGUGAUUUUUGGCAUGAACGCAAGGGCCGUCUCCAAUCUAACGUUAUCGAAAAUCAGAAAAGUGUACAGCAGAGUGGAUUGCAAAUCGAUUGCCAAGCAGUUGGGAAUGAACUCACACGACAACGCUACUCCGAUAAAGAUCUUGCACAAUUCGGCUGGUCAUCUUGCAGGACCAGCUCGGACUUUGGGUGGCGUCAUGAUCGGAUAUCUGGGCAUCCGUUGUUUCAGUCCAAAUCCAGUAUCAGCAAUCAUUUACACCGUGGGAGGAUGCAGUGUACUACUUGGAAUUAUUGCCAUGUCACAGAACGUCGAAAGUCUGUACGCAGGGGUCAAGGCCUUGACUUGUGUAAUAAAAUCCAACAAAUCGACGCAAAAUGAAAUGGAUCGGAAACGAUACUAUCAAACUUUAGCAAUGAUAUUCAAAAGAAAAAAGCAUCUGCUCAACUCACACAUUCUUCAUCUGACGUUCAACUUAGUUGGUACGGUUAACAGUGGCCAAGAAACAUCGGCAAUUCCGAACGUUAUGUCCUUCCAAGAUUUGCUGUGCGAUUUUGAGAUCUGGCUUGGAGCACCAAAUGAUAUUUUGAAGUCUUUGUUGGAGCAUCUACUGGAGCUGAUAUCGGAAUCCAGCGAAAAACGAACGAAUAUUCGCAUAAUGCGAGAUAUGCAGUGCAUAUCAAAACUAUUACACAUUGUUGAAGAUGUAUACGACCACAAUACGCGCGAGGUUCUGUACAACUUAUUGGAAAUAUUGUUAGGCCAUCAGCCUCGUAUAUCGGAUUUGCUGCUGUUUGGACAAAGUUUGAUUUAUCACAUUCCACAGCCUGGAGAUGAAAAGGAAAAAUCCAUCAAUCUCGCUGACUACACCAAUGAUGGCAACACUGCAAUUCACGAUCCUGAUUUGUACAGAAACAAUCCGACAAUCAGAAAGAUUGCUCUUCGUAACAAAGGUCUAUGCCUUUUGCAUAGUAUGUUAUUUACGGCGAAAAAUACGGUCAAUGCAGUGUUAUCGGAGGAAAUAUCCAAAGUACUUGGGUUGGACUGGCUAAUGAUGUUUAUGCAGCCGCAUCUUAACAGUACCACGGUGAUAUGGGCUAUGAGAAUAAUGGUGGUUCUGUGCGCUAACGACACCAUUAUUGGACGUUUCCGCGAGGGCAGCAUGAACGGUGGAUAUAUGAAGAACACUGAAGUCGUCUCGCAAAACAAGGAUAUGCUGUUACUGUCGGCGACUCAAACCGCAACAGCCGCGACAAACUUGAAAAAGCCCCAGGACUUGGUUGCGUCUACCUUGGCAAAACCUGGCGACGAAUCUAAAUCACAAUUUAUGAACUGUUCUUGUUUCACUUAUCUACAGUGGCUGCUACAGCACCACAUCAGCAUCCCCGAGAUAUACUUUCUGUUGACGGCCUUGAUAAUGGGUCAGCCUGUGAAGCUGCUAGGCACAGAGCACAUCAAUGUAGAUCUAGAUCGAAUCUGGACAUUUUUGUGGGGCGCUCCAGUGUCAGGAAUGCUUGGUGGUUCUUCCACAUCGAAGAUGUCACUCUGUCCAGAGGCCGUGUGUAUAUUACUGAACAUCAUCAGGAAAAUAGUUCACACAACGAACAAUGCCGAAUGGCUUCAUAAUCAUCCCAAUACGCUGGUGCAAGUGCUCUUCUCUUUGUAUCACAACUUGCCAGAUUUCAUGCCCGUCGUUAUGUCGGCGGAAGUGAUCACUUCAUUGAUAGGAGUAAUGUUCCCUUAUCGAAUCAAGUCGUCCGAUUCCGAGACGAACAGCCUUUCGUCCCCUUCCGGAGAGUUGGUGUGCUACCAAGAUUUGGAGAAACGGUUUGCCGAAAAGGAAGGCCAAAAGUUGACGGAACAUCCGGUACGCAAGUUUGUCGUCGAUUUCCUUCGCGUGGUCGCCGUUGAUUCGCUAAGCUUGGCAUACAGUGGAAAAUGCACACCAGUCGUUGACUGUAUUCUGGAUGCUCACCCCGAAAAUAGUUCAUUUGACGCAAGAUGCGAGUUUUUGACGGAAAUCAUAACUACCCUGAUGGAUCAUUUGCUUGCUGCAGACAUUUUGGUUGGAGAACAGGCUGCUCUUCCCAUAGUCCCUUUACUGCAAAGUCAUGUGCAGAACAUAGCACCGAAUGUGUUUUAUCUUACAGCUAGAAUUGUGGACAAACUAUGGCAAGGAAGUCUGAACAAAGACCCGCAUGAAAUUUUUGAAUUCAUCAUAAAAUUGAUAACACAGGCCAGAAGACGGUCAAGUGCAAUAUCGUUGGACAAUCUAUAUCAUUCAUUGAAUCGUUGUAUCCUGUAUCUUCUGUCUCGUCCUACAGACACCGUUCCAGAUCAAAUGAUGGUUAUGGAAGCGCUUCAUAAGUUGACCACAAACAGACUAAUGAUCUUCGGAGCUGGAAAUCAUGAACCGGAGUUCAUAGGAUGUCUAACGUUCUGCCUGAUGCAGCUUACAGCAAAAGAACGUAUUUUGCUAGAUAUUAAAGACACGAAAGAUGCUGAUCGCACAACUACUUGGCACAUCAACACCGUCAAUGACUCAAAAGAGGCCGGGGAAGAUUCACUCAAUCAUCAUCAAGGCACAAAUUUAAUUGGUAAUGCUGCGUCUCGAGUGUGGGAAGAGCUGUAUGUAUGUAAGAAGCCAGCAAUCGAAGAGGUGUUCAAAAUUAGCUUAACACCUCCAAUAAAUAACACAAAAGCACCCGACAUGACAAUUACAAGAGAACAGAUCCUUGAUUCGGCUACAAAGCUCUGGCUAAGCUACGUAGAUGGAGAGAAACGCGCUCAGGAUCGAAUACCAUGGGAGCUACAUAAUAACAUCCAGUCUAAAAUACAAAAAGUUACAGGAAAUCUUACCAGGCUUGCCAGUCGCACAAAAGUGAAAAAAGAUGAGCAAAAUAAGGGAAAAUCGGAAAUCGACACGGAAACAAUGUACCAACUAAAUCUAGUCAAUUUGUGCCAGGUUAAGGAGUUCUGGGAAUUGCGAUGUUCUCAGCAUAAUCACAUGGCGCAGCAUACUCAACGGUACGUGUAUCAAGAGUGGCUACAAUCGGAAGCCGAACUAUUUAGGGAAAGGGGACUUUGGGGUCCAAAGGGGACAAUAAACUACACAAAGUGGAUAUUAGAUACUACAGAAGGACCACAUCGCAUGCGAAAGAAGAUGAUGAAGAACGAUCUUUUCUAUGUUCACUACCCAUAUCGGCCCGAGUUGGAGCUGACCGAUCAAGCAAGUCGUCAAUUGAAGUAUAAAGUGGCAUCAAGUCUGGACAGCAAAAAGUACUUCAACAGUAUUCAACUAAUGCCUAAAGUUCAAUCUCUUCAAAUGGAACAAGAGUCUGGCGCUAAAACUCAACUAACGCAAUCUUCAAGCAUAGCUAAUUCUAGUCGAUCGAAUUUAGAGAACAAGACUAACAACGAUAACGAUCAAAACUAUGACGUGGAGGACGAUGACGAAGAAUUAUCAGCAACUCCAGACAAUCAAACGCUUCUACGUUUACUUGAAGAAAAAGAAAAGAUAUCGCAUAUAUUCCGAUGUGCAAGAAUACAAGGUUUGGACACAUUCGAAGGGUUGCUUCUGUUUGGCAGAGAGCACUGCUACAUUAUCGAUGGAUUUACGCUGAUGAAAAAUCGGGAGAUUCGUGAUAUUGAUUCGGUACCACCCGGAAGCUACGAGCCCAUUCUACCAAAUCCAGGCAAUACAAGAAUCGCUCAUGAAAUAAGGCAGAAUUCCAAAUUUGCAUACGAAGAAAUAAGAGAGGUCCAUAAACGAAGGUACCUUCUGCAACCAAUAGCACUGGAAGUGUUCUCCGGAGAUGGCAGGAAUUUCUUGCUAAGCUUCCCUAGGAAAGUGAGAAACAAGGUUUACCAGAGGCUCAUGUCUGUCGCAACUUCCAUUGCCGAUAAUGCACAACAAUCAGUGGCUGGCCAAAGCAGGUCGGCUAACGUGGAACAGUCUUCGGGUAUAUUUAGCAGCUUGAUCGGGGAAACGUCUGUAACCCAGCGUUGGGUGCGAGGAGAAAUUUCGAACUUCCAGUAUUUAAUGCAUUUGAACACCUUGGCCGGGCGUUCCUACAACGAUUUGAUGCAGUAUCCCGUAUUUCCGUGGAUUUUGGCGGACUACGAUUCCGAAAGACUGGACUUGAGCAAUCCCAAAUCGUUCCGCGACUUUUCGAAACCAAUGGGUGCUCAAUCAAAAGAUCGUCUGGAACAAUUCGAGAAGCGUUACAAAGAAUGGGACGAUCCACAUGGUGAAACUCCACCAUAUUUCUACGGAACGCACUACAGUUCGGCAAUGAUCGUUUGUUCGUAUCUGGUACGUCUAGAGCCAUUUACGCAGCACUUUUUGCGACUUCAAGGAGGACACUUCGAUCUUGCCGAUCGUAUGUUCCAUAGUAUCAAAGAGGCAUGGCACUCGGCUUCCAAACACAAUAUGGCUGACGUGAAAGAACUCAUACCGGAGUUCUUCUAUCUCCCAGAGUUUCUGAUAAACGAUAACAACUUUGAUUUUGGGAUGAAGCAGAAUGGGGAGAUUUUGAAUCAUAUUGUUCUGCCACCUUGGGCAAAGGAUAAUCCUAGGGAGUUCAUUAGGAUACAUCGUGAAGCUUUGGAAAGCGAUUACGUUAGUCGCCAUUUACAUUUGUGGAUUGAUUUGAUAUUUGGAUACAGACAACGAGGUCAUGCAGCAGUAGAGGCUUGCAAUGUAUUCCAUCAUCUAUUCUACGAAGGCAACGUUGACAUCUACAAUAUCGAGGAUCCGCUAAAAAAGAAUGCCACCAUCGGAUUCAUCAACAAUUUCGGACAAAUUCCAAAGCAAUUAUUCCGGAAAGCCCAUCCAGCAAAAAGGGCACAGUCUUCAAAGAAUACCAUGAUAGAUUCCAGUCUGGUUCUGCAACAAUCUGUAAGCUAUACGGAUAAAUUGUUUUUCCACAACCUCGAAAACUUGAAGCCGAGCUCUCAACCAAUCAAAGAGGUUAAAGGACCAGUAGGACAUAUAAUACAAAUGGAGAAGUUGGUACUAGCAGUUGAGCAGAAUAAAAUUCUAAUGCCUCCCAGCUACAAUCGCUACAUUGCGUGGGGCUACGCAGAUCAUUCCAUUCGAGUCGGCAUUUAUGAUUCAGACCGUGCACUCUUCGUUUGCGAGAACGUAGCCCCGGAUUCGGGCGAAAUUCUCGCAUGUGUUUGCCCAAAUGCUAAAACAAUAAUUAUGGCAGGCACUAAUUCUAUUCUAACUGUCUGUGAUAUAGAUUUUAAGCAUAAACAAUUGUAUGUGAAACACACCCUUCACGGGCACACGGAUGCGGUUACGUCAUUGGCGGCUAGCACGGCGUAUAACAUUAUUGUUUCGGGUUCGAAAGACAAAUCGGCUAUCAUUUGGGACAUGUCGAGAUAUAAAUAUGUCCGUCAGCUUUUGAACCACGUCGGAGUCGUGGCUGCUGUUAGCAUCAAUGAAUUGACAGGUGAUAUCGCAACAUGUUCGGCAACGUGGUUGUACGUGUGGUCCAUCAACGGAGACUGUCUUGCGAAGGUGAACACGAGUAUCGGCUGCGCCGAUCGAAUGCAGCAGAUUUUGUGCGUGACAUUUUCACACAAAAACGAGUGGGAUAACGAUAAUGUAAUCAUAACGGGUUCAACCGACGGUGUUGUGAGGAUGUGGUCACUGGAUCACGUGCAAAUACCAACGGAACGACAAAGUUGCAGUGACAGCCAUCUGUAUGAGGAGGAGUUUGGCGAUGACCGAGGUUCAGAUGGAGAAUGCUUUACUUCUGUAGAUUUAGGCGCUGUCGUUAGAUCAUCCUCCACUAGUAGCAUAUAUGAACAGUACACAUUACAUGACAGUAAUAAACCAUCAAUGAGCAACACAGAGGACUCGCACAAAACUUCUAUACAACCAUCAAGCAAAAUUACUGCGAAUGUUAAGGCCAUCUCCAUUGACCGCCAUUUAGAUAAGUUCGACUCGAACGUCAACGGACAGUUUCUGAGCAAAGAGGACUCGCAAAAGCCAAGGAAAGGUCUCCGAUGGCAUCGUCAAUUGAUAUUCCGCACCAAGCUCAGUAUGCACACUGCUUAUGAUCUGAAGGACAAUGUGGAGCCAGCCAGUAUUACGUCGUUAGCCAUAUCCAACGACCAUCGGACGGUUUUUGUCGGUGAUGCGAGGGGCAGGAUUUUCUCUUGGAGUGUCGCUGAUCAACCCGGUAAGGUGCUAUCGGACAAUUGGACAAAGCAAGGAACUAGUGAACGUUGUAAUGGAUGCCACGUUCGUUUCAGUCGAUACGAACGGAAGAACGUUUGCCGCAACUGUGGACACGAAUUUUGCGGAAAGUGUUGCCAUCUGGACUCAACCAUAUUCCAGCUGAGAAUUCGUAUGCCGGUUCGCAUCUGCAAAGUAUGCCAUAGCCGUCUACAGGAAACCGAUGAUACAUAGAUAUAAAUGGUAGAAGAAAAAAAAACUGUUCAGUAUUCGAAAAUUAUAUUACUGGGGUAGAAUGAGUAAUUGUUGUGUUUGAUCGUUAAUUUCUUAUGCGUAUAUAGUUCAAAGUGAUCAUGAGCGUAGUGCAAUACCAUGUUGACUAGUAUAAAGGACAAAAAUACAGAACAAUAAAUAAAUGUAUAUACAUAUAACACAGA